AUGCGUUGCUUCGGUCCUGCCCGCUCCGUCUGGCGCCAGUCCCUCGGCGCUGACCUCUCUUCCUCGUCCCAUCGUCUGCAACAUACCUCGAGAAGAUGCGUGUCGACGGAAGCGCCUGCCGCGCAGCAACAUAGGACGCGGCGCCGGCUACUCUACUCAGGCGGCGCACUCGUCCUCGCAGGAGGCGCAUACCUUGCGUACGAGAAUUACAAGCCAUUUCGACAUUCGGUGCUCGCGGUCGUGCGCUCGUCGCGGAUAGCGGGCGCGGCGGCGGCGGGGAUUGUGGACUACAAGUGGACGUUUUCGAGGACAUAUGCAUCGGAGGAAGAGGAGCGGGAGGCAUACUCACAAUGCCAUACCCGCAGCGCGGAUAGGGUGCUGAGGGCGCUACAAGCGAAUGGCGGUAUCUUCAUCAAGCUCGGUCAACAUCUCGGGUCGUCCCUCUUCCUUCCCCUAGAAUGGACUCGUGCAAUGCGUCCGUUGCAAGACCAGUGCGAGCCAGCUUCCCUGGAGGCGAUUGAGGGCGUCUUCAUCUCCGAGACUGGGCAGAGAUUCCAUGAGGUCUUCGACAAUUUCGACCCGGAGCCCAUCGGCGUAGCGAGUCUGGCACAAGUGCACAAGGCGCACUAUCGAGCGUCCGGUCAGGAUGUCGCCGUCAAACUACAACUGCCCAUGGUGCAAGAGUUCAGUACGAUCGACAUCAACACUACGGAAGCUUCCCUAGGCUGGAUAACAUACUGGUUCCCCGACUUCGAGUUCAUGUGGCUGGCGGAUGAAAUGCGCAAGAACCUGCCUCGCGAGAUGGACUUCAUUCAAGAGGCGAAGAACGCAGAGAGGGCGGCGGAGGACUUCAAGGACCUGCGGACAUCGCUCUACAUACCCAAGAACAUCCUCGUCACGAAGCGGGUGCUCGUCAUGGAGUUCAUCAAGGGUGGACGGGUGGACGACUUGGACUACCUGGCGCAACAGAAUAUCGAUAGAAAUAAGGUUGCUGUUGAGCUGUCGCGGAUAUUUAGCAGGAUGGUCUUCAUCAAUGGAUGGUUCCACGCCGACCCUCACCCUGGCAACUUGCUCAUUCGCGCCGCACCUCCGUCCUCGAAGUCCCCAUACAACUUCGAGAUUGUACUCCUCGACCAUGGCCUCUACUUUGACCUCGAUCGCGAGCUUAGGAUCAACUACAGCCACCUCUGGCUAUCACUUGCAUCCCCAGCUACGCCACAAGUCGCCGCUGAGCGGAGAAAGUACGCUGAGCUUGUGGGCAAUAUCGGUCCGGAUUUAUAUCCCGUCUUCGAAGCCGCCCUCACUGGCCGCGCGAUGAUGGACGACACCAUGAACCCCAUCGACGAGAACGAGACGCAGUCGAGCGUGCGGCGCGCGUCUGGCAUGCUCGACAUGUCCUCGCAGACGGACGAGGAGAUCGAGAUGAUCAGGAGCGCGAUGGUCACCCGGGAGGGCUUACUUUUCUCCGUUCUGGACGUCUUACGGAGGGUACCGCGGAGGAUACUGAUGGUGCUGAAGCUGAACGACUUGACGAGAGGGUUGGACUACGCACUGGCGACGACACACUCUGGCAUUCGAAUAUUCUUGGUUUCGACAAAAUGUUGCGUGUAUGCCAUCUGGCAGGAUGAGCGGCAGCGGCUCGGGUACGGGAAGGGCCUCUCGCCUUUAGGUGUCCUUACACGAUAUAUCGGGACUUGGUGGUCAGUCCUCAUGUUCUCUCCUCAUUCUGUGAUCUCCGCUGACGAUUCCAAUAGGCACUACGGCAAGCUGUACUCGACGCUAUCGCUCAUGGAGUGGUACCUUGACAGCCAGGCGCGUCUGAUCAUCCUCAAGGACUGGGUUCGCGGUCUGUUGCGAACGAGACGACUUGCGGGAGCACACCAGGCCGCUGCUGGCCUCAUGUAG